AAGCUUUCUUUAACUCAAAAAAUGGAGGGUAAAAGAACACAAGGACAAGGCUACUUGAAAAAAAAGUCUUACCGUGUGGAAGAAGAAAUGGAGAAUGAUACGGAUGGAGAAGAGGAAGUUGGUAGGGAAGAAGAGAAGAGGAAAGGAGUGAUGGAUAGAGUUAGAGGGUCUAGUGGCAACAUCGAUCGUGGUGGCUCAUCGCGGCUUUGCCAAGUAGAUAGAUGCACAGCUGAUAUGAAAGAGGCAAAACUGUAUCACCGGAGACACAAAGUGUGUGAAGUUCAUGCAAAGGCAUCUUCUGUCUUUCUCUCAGGACUUAACCAACGCUUUUGUCAACAAUGCAGCAGGUUUCAUGAGAUCCAAGAGUUUGAUGAAGCAAAAAGAAGUUGUCGUAGGCGCUUAGCUGGACACAAUGAAAGAAGAAGGAAGAGCUCUGGUGAGAGUAGUUUUGGAGAAGGAUCAGGUCGGAGAGGAAUCACUGGUCAGGUGAUCCAGAAUCAAGAAAGAUCAAGGGUAGAGAUGACACUUCCUAUGCCAAACUCAUCAUUCAAGCGACCACAGAUUAGAUAGAGAAGCUAUACGAGCAAGGAGUGUGACUUAUCCAAAAGCACAGGGGACUACUAAGUACUAACCGAAAGCCACGAGAACCACAAAUGAGAUACUUUGCUGAAGAUUUCAUAUCUUUUAUACACCGUCAAUCCAGUUGACGGAUUCUUGGUUUGACGUUAGUAGAAUACAAGAUUUGAAUAAUC